AUGCAGUCAGAAACCACAACUGGUAAUCCUCUAAACAUGCCCAUUAAUAGCACUAGUAGUAGUAGUAAUAGUAAUAAUAAUAUUAAUAAUGACCAUGUAUACAGACUAACAACAACCACUCCAAACAAUAAAUCAAUAUUCAGUGCUGAUCCCUAUCAAAUAUUAUCAAUGAAUUCAUCGUUCUCUGCUAAUUCUCCUUCGUCUACAUCAGCACUAUUAUGCAAUAAUAUCGAUGGGAAUAUCAUCAAUUUACAAAUCAAUUUUAGUAUUAAUCAAAUUGAAUGUAUUUGUGAAGUACUUUUUACCAGUCGAAAAAUUGAACAGUUGAGAGCUUUUCUAUUAAAGAUAUCAACAAGCACAAUGUAUUCAACAAGUGAAACUAUUAUGAAGUGUAGAGCAUUAAUGUUAUUCAUUGAUGAAAAAUUUAUGGAUUUAUUUAAAAUUUUGAAAAAUUUCUCCUUCACUGCAUAUAAUCAUUAUGCAAUGCAACAUUUAUGGUAUCAAGCGCAUUAUAGACAAAUUGAAAAGUCGCGUGGACGUCUGUUGAAUGCUGUCGGUAAAUAUCGUGUCCGUAAGAGAUUCCCUCCGCCAAGGACAAUAUGGGAUGGUGAUGAGGUGACGUAUUAUUUUAAGGAUAAAUCAAGACAUUAUCUAACUGAACAGUUUACGCAUAAUCCAUAUCCGUCAAUUGUUGAAAAGCAUGCCCUAGCGAAGCAUACAGGGCUCACGUUAACACAAGUGUCGAAUUGGUUUAAGAAUAGAAGACAACGUGAACGAUUGUUAAACGGUAAUAGUAAGAUAAAAAGAGACAAAAUGCUGAAUAGUACGUAUUUUAAAUUUCAAUGUAAUCUCUGA